AUGGAAGUUUCAAGAGGAGAAGCUUUUCUGUGUUUUGUGGCAUUGUUCUUAUUUUUGUGUUCUACUAAUGCUUUGCUUUCUCCUAAGGGAAUUAACUUUGAAGUUCAAGCUUUGAUGAGUAUAAAAGCUUCAUUAAUGGAUCCUCAUGGAAUUCUAGAGAAUUGGGAUGGUGAUGCUGUUGAUCCAUGUAGUUGGAAUAUGGUUACUUGUUCACCUGAGAAUCUUGUUAUAAGUUUGGGAAUUCCUAGUCAGAAUUUAUCUGGUACAUUAUCUCCAAGCAUUGGAAAGUUAACGAAUCUUCAAACUAUUGUGUUACAGAAUAAUAACAUAACUGGAACAAUCAGUUCAGAGUUAGGGAAACUUUCCAUGCUUCAAACACUUGAUCUUUCGGAUAACUUCUUCAACGGAAAAAUUCCUCCUUCUCUUGGUCAUUUGAGAAAUCUUCAAUACUUGAGGCUUAAUAAUAACAGUUUUUCUGGUGAAUGUCCUGAGUCGUUGGCGAACAUGGCGCAACUUACUUUUCUUGAUUUGUCAUUCAACAAUCUUAGUGGCAAUGUGCCUAGAAUCUUGGCCAAAUCAUUCAGUAUUGUUGGAAACCCUCUGGUCUGUGCUACUGCAAAAGAAACAAACUGCCAUGGGAUGAAACUCAUGCCUAUGUCAAUGAACUUAAACAAUACUAACAAUGCAUUACCAUCAAGAAGAACAAAAGCUCACAAAAGGGUCAUUGCUUUUGGUUUGAGUCUUGGAUGCCUUUGCUUGUUAGUCCUUGGUUUUGGGUUUGUACUAUGGAGGAGGCACAAGCAUAAACAACAAGCAUUCUUUGAUGUUAAAGACCGAAAUCACGAAGAAGUCUACCUAGGAAACUUGAAGAGGUUCCAAUUACGAGAACUGCAAAUUGCUACUCACAACUUCAGCAACAAAAACAUAUUAGGAAAAGGCGGCUUCGGCAUUGUCUACAAAGGAAUUCUUUCGGAUGGUACGCUCGUUGCUGUAAAGAGGCUUAAAGACGGAAAUGCCAAGGGAGGAGAGAUACAAUUUCAGACCGAAGUUGAAAUGAUCAGCUUAGCAGUUCAUCGAAACCUUCUCAAACUCUAUGGAUUUUGUAUGACUUCAUCAGAAAGGCUUUUGGUUUACCCCUACAUGUCCAAUGGCAGCGUCGCUUCUCGUCUCAAAGCUAAGCCGGUGUUGGAUUGGGGCACAAGGAAGCAAAUUGCAUUAGGAGCGGCAAGAGGACUAUUAUACCUACAUGAGCAAUGUGAUCCAAAGAUAAUCCAUAGAGAUGUGAAAGCUGCAAAUAUACUACUUGAUGAUUAUUGUGAGGCAGUAGUUGGAGAUUUUGGUUUGGCAAAGCUUUUAGACCACAAAGAUUCACAUGUCACAACUGCGGUUAGGGGCACAGUAGGGCAUAUUGCACCUGAGUAUCUUUCCACAGGACAGUCUUCUGAAAAGACUGAUGUUUUUGGAUUUGGAAUUUUGCUUCUUGAAUUGAUUACAGGUUUGAGGGCCCUUGAGUUUGGAAAGGCUGCCAACCAAAAAGGAGCCAUGCUGGAUUGGGUAAAGAAAAUUCAUCAAGAGAAGAAGCUAGAUUUGCUUGUAGACAAAGAUCUCAAGAACAACUAUGACAAGAUUGAGCUUGAGGAAAUAGUUCAAGUUGCACUUUUGUGUACACAAUAUCUUCCGAAUCACAGACCGAAAAUGUCCGAAGUCGUACGCAUGCUCGAAGGCGACGGUCUAGCCGAGAAAUGGGAAGCUUCUCAAAAAGCUGACAACACUAACAAGUGCAAACCGCAUGAAUUAUCUUUGUCAGAUCGAUUUUCCGAUCUUACCGAUGAUUCUUCUUUGUUAAUCCAAGCCAUGGAGCUUUCUGGUCCAAGGUGA